AUGUUUUUCACCGACGCACACCUUCUAACAUGUCUCGCCGUCGGCGUCCUUGUCGCCGUUGCGUACGUCCUCAGAGAUCUUAUCGUCCUCCUUGCAACGCAGUACCUUUCCCCCCUCAGAGCACUGCGCUCUCCACCUUCGCCAUCUUUCUUGUUUGGAAAUCUUCGCGAAAUGUACCAGCAAGAAAACACUGGCCUCCUGUUUGAUUGGGAGGACGCCUACGGCCACACAUACGCCUAUAGGGGAUUCCUUGGCGGUUACCGUCUCAUCACAACUGAUCUUACAGCUAUAGCACAUAUCCUGGCCCACCCAGAGCGUUUUCAGAAGCCGGAUUUCGUCAGGGAAAACCUGGCAGCUAUGGGUGCUGGUUCCGAAAGUGUUCUCACCACGGAGGGCAAUGUCCACGCCAGGCAGGCACCUGCGUUUACAGCAGCACAUAUCAGGAUGCUCCACCCCAUUUUUUGGGACAAGGCUGCGGAGCUACUUGAACGAUGGAAACAUCUCGCCAACGACCGGAGGGAACUAUGUCCAUCGAUAGAUGUCCUCCCUUGGUUGUCCAAAGCUACGCUCGAUGUUAUCGGGCUCGCUGGAUUUGGUUAUCAAUUUAACGCACUGGCCGGCGAGAAUGAUGAGCUCGCCGACGCGUACCAUCUAAUAUUUUCUACUGCGAGGAAACUUGCGCUGCGCACUAUCCUUGAAACGUGGAUACCAGUUGUUGCGCAAAUUCAGGAGCAGCGCCCGCAGUCUGAAGCGAUGAAUUGGGCGCGUGCCCACCUUACUCGUAUCGGCCUCAAGCUGAUUGAGGAGCGCAAAUCGAUGAUGGCUGCCGAGAUGGGCAAGGAUGGACCAUACCAGAACAUACCGGAAUACCUCAGACAGACUCGGCUCCAGGACUUGCUUAGCGUUCUUGUGCAAUCCAAUAUGGCUUCGUUUACUUCGCAACGCAUGACAACACCAGAGGUUCUCUGUCAGAUCUCGACGUUCCUUAUUGCAGGUUAUGAAACAACGGCUUCGGCGCUCACGUGGUGCCUUUAUGCCUUGGCACAUAAUCCUAUAGCGCAGCAUCGCCUGCGCGCUGCACUCUGGACAAUUCCAAGAGACUCUCCCACCCUCGAUGAGGAUGUUGCGAAACUCGAGCAGCUCGACUGGGUCGUACGUGAAGCUCUCAGGCUCCAUGCACCUGUGACUUGGACUAUGAGAGUAGCGAUGGAGGUGGAUAAUGUGCCCGUUAAUGACCCAUUCACAGAUCGGUGGGGUGCGGUGCGCAAUAGCGUGAGGGUGAAUCAAGGGGAUAUCAUAACAGUCCCAAUUCAGGCGAUCAAUAAGAGUAAAAAGAUCUGGGGAGAGGACGCUCAGUCGUUUAGGCCGGAUAGAUGGCGGAAUCCCCCGGAGAGUAUCAAGAACGGGCUCUGGUCAAACAUGUUAACCUUCCUGGGCGGCAGUCGUGGGUGUAUCGGGUAUCGGUUUGCCCUUGCAGAGUAA